AUGGGCGGCGAGGAGCUCUCCGAAUUUGAAAAGCAGCGGCUGGCCAACAUCGCCGAGCGCGACGCGCUGCUGAAGAAGCUGACGCAGGAUGCGCAGUCGGUCGGCCUGUUCCCGCCAAAGAUGCCCAAGGGCGCGUCUCCGGCGGGCGACAAGGCCAAGAAGAAGAAGCCGGCGCCGAAGAAGGUGAAGAAAGAGGAGGCGGCGGCGGCGGCGCCGGUGCCGCGGCGCAUGUCGUCGCGACUGCGCGGCAUCGCGGCCGAGAGCGAGGUCGCCAAGCGCAAGGCGGACGAGCACGACGCGGCGCUGCAGGAGGCCGAGCGGGCGAAGCGCAUGCGCAAGUCCGACUCGUUCUCGCUCAGCGAGAUGCUGGUCUCCGGGCAGAAGCUGUCCGGGGAGAGUCUGCUGGGCGUGGACGUCGUGACUAAGGGCGUGGCCAUGCCGUACCAGCGCACGUUUAGCGAUGAGGACAUCAAGAAGACGACAGACAAGGAUCUGAAGGCUUUGCGGGAGGAGAUGAGCGGCCUGGGGCUGUGGGACGCCUGGGAACCCAAUCGUAUCAAGCUCACCCCGGAGCGAAUCUACGCCAUGACCUUCCACCCGUCGGAGAGCAAACCGCUGAUCUUCGCGGGCGACAAGAUGGGCCACCUCGGCGUGCUGGACGCCUCGCAGACGAAACCCGUGUCGGCCGCGACGCACGACGAGGACGAAGAGGACGACGACGACGACCCAGACCCCGUCCUCACAACCCUCAAACCGCACACGCGCACCAUCAGCUGCAUGACUAUCCACCCGUCGAAACCGACGCACCUCUACACAGCCAGCUAUGACAGCUCGAUCCGCGAGAUGGACCUGGAAAAGACGACGUCCGUGGAGCGGUACGCGCCGGCCUCGACGGCCGACGACGUGCCCAUCUCGGGGCUGGACAUGGCGCUCGACGACCCGCACUGUCUGUACUGGACGACGCUGGACGGCGAGUUCGGGCGCUACGACAUGCGCACGCCGCGGCAGGACUCCGCCACGCGCUGGACGCUCUCCGACAAGAAGAUCGGCGGCUUCUCGCUGUACCCCACGCACCCGCACUACUUCGCGACCGCCAGUCUGGAUCGCACCAUGCGUCUGUGGGACCUGCGUAAGCUGUCGCAUAAGUCGCCCGUGGCGGUGGGCGAGCACGAGAGCCGCCUGUCCGUGUCGCAUGCGGCGUUCAACGGCGCGGGCCAGGUCGCGACCUCGUCGUACGACGACUCGCUGAAGAUUUACGAUUUUGGAGCCAAGGGUAUUGCCUCGUGGAAACCGGGGCAUUCGCUUUCAGACGCCCAGAUGAAGCCUGAUGUCGUGGUGCGACAUAACUGUCAGACGGGUCGAUGGGUUACCAUUCUCCGUCCCCAGUGGCAGCAAAACCCCCAGUCGCACAUUCAGCGCUUCUGCAUCGGCAACAUGAACCGCUUCGUGGAUAUCUACAGUGGUUCGGGUGAUCAGCUUGCCCAGCUCGGCGGAGAUGGCAUCACUGCCGUGCCUGCAGUCGCUGUCUUCCAUCGCAGCAAGAAUUGGGUAGCCGGUGGGACCGCCAGUGGAAAGAUUUGUUUGUGGAUGUGA